AGCCGUAGUCAUCCAGAGCGUUUCGCACAACUGCAACGUGACCUGGCGGCGGUGCGAGCGAGACGGCACCACAAAAACAUGGUCGGCCACGUGUAUUUCGCAUAUAUUUUAGAUUUAUAAUACGCUGGAGCAGGGGCAGCGUCGAUCGUGUCUGAAUCCGUGUGACACGAAACUCCACCCCCUGGGGAACACUCUGGCAGGAGAGGACGGGAGUACAGGGAAGAGCUGGAGACACUGCCGGCUGGAACAGGCGCGAGCGCUGCCGUUCAGUCAGUCCUGUUCUACGAGUUACGAGUUACGCGCGCGCCGUCUCUUCGUCUAGUGUGUCUUCCACAAGCUAGGCGGUUCGUCACCAGGUCUACAAGAAGUCGGAGGAGUUGAGUUCGAAGGGUCACGCGUACGCGAGCAUGACCUGCAGCCGCUGACGCAUCGGAGUCUGCGAAAUCCUGCGAGAGCAGCAACAGUUUCUUGCCGGAAGUGCGAUAAAGUGGUCGUUGGAGCAGCGGAAGCAGCAGCAACUUGGGAUUACCUGACCAUACGGCAAAGGUGAAAGUGUCCAGGAAGAAUCCGCGAGUAGAUUAUCCGGAUGCGUCUUUGUUGAAACAACUGUGUCGCUGGUGUUUCGUAUCCGUGUCUCAUCCCUCUGCAGGAGUUCCAGCAGUGGUGCGUCGGAUAUCUGUGACCUUUGCGGUCCGAUUAUCGGUGACAUCGAGGAAAAAAACGAAAGUUCCGCAAGUGUUUUGAGGUCGUGAAGUGAAAUAUUGUGAGUGUCGCUUUGGUAAAGAAAAUGCCCAGUCGGCUGCUUCAGGAGCGUCGUUUUGCGGACUUCCUACCGGUAGUAACGGCACUUGUGGUGCCAGUAAAUCGCUAGAAAGACGUGCCAAAAAAGUGCAACUCGCCGGGGUCAUAAAACUUGUGUGUGUGCGACAACACCCCCACGUGAAGCUUUUUGCCGGGAACUUUUGUGCAGACUGUAAGGAAGAAUUUACGGCAGUACGGUAACGCCAAUGGGAACCGAAACUGCCUGCGGCAGUUACUUUAACGAUCCGCCUGGGGAGCCCAGAAUGGCCAGUUACUACCAGAUUAACGAGCGUAGCAGUGGCGGCGGUCCAGCAAACCAACAGGAAGAAGAAAUGGCCCCGCAAAAUUGUGGUGGCGAAGCCACCGAACAGGUCGACUCCGAGCUGGACCUGCGUCAGCCACAGCUGCAGCAGCAAGAACAGCAGCGUCAUCACGCAGCUUCGCCGCGAAAUCACUGGUCCAUAUCGCAGCAGAUCCAGAACCACCUAAGUCAGAACAACGUCGGAAGUGCGUCGUCACGCCUCGAACGCUCCAACUCGCUGGCCAGCAACUGGACCUUCCCAAACUACCAGCGUCUGUACAACGAGAACCACUACGGCAUCGCCAUAGCUGCGGCCCAAAACCAACAACAUCAACAGCAGCAACACCAAAUCCAGCAUGACGGUCAACUGCAGCAGCAACAUCAACAACAACAACAUCAACAACACCAGCAUCAACACCAGCAUCAGCAGCAGCAACAACACCAUCAACACCAUCUGACAGCUAUGACCGGUGGUGGGAUGCCGCAACCAAGCGGCGGCGGCCAUCCACAUCUCAGCAAGCGCUUCUUUUACCCGGCAACAGGUCAGUGGCAAGCUCCUAAACUCCAAGGUUGUCGUCAUUUUGCUGUGGUUACGCGCCGUUACGAUUAGCGGGGGCACCUCGUC